AUGUCUCUCGAAUGUGCAACAACAUUUGCAGCAGCGUUUGUUCGUUGUAAGGAGAAACCUCAAACCUUGAUUGUUAAUUCAUGUGGAUUUAGCGGUGCAUCUGCUGAGAAGAUGGCUGGGCUACUUAGUCUCAAUAGAGGUCUAACCAGAUUGGAUAUGGCCGCAAAUGACUUAUCGGGAGAGGCAGAAAAGACUCUUAUUAAAGCACUCGAACAAAAUAAGAAAGUUUUGAGAGUAGAUUUGCGUAGAACCCAUAUAUCAGAUGAAACACAGGCCAAAGUUAACGAACUUCUCGAAAGAAACAAGAACCUACUUGGGCAGGAAACUGAGCCUAGUGACGAAAUACCACCUCUGUACCUGAACGAACCAGAAUACCUCAUUUGGGAAUACAAUCCUAACAACCCCGAUCACAUUCCAGGCAGAUACCCGGAGAGGGUUCGCGAAGUAUAG